AGUGACCCCUGACCUCAAUUCAUCUUCUUCCUAGUCUCCUCCUAACUCUGCGUCUAGUCUAGUCUAAGCAGCAGCAGCAAUGGCUGAAGAGCCCAGAGAAAGGGCAGAGAGUUCGGCCACAGCUCCGUCGCCUGACUCGAGUGGGGAGGACCAUCAGCUGAGACGGCGGCGGCGUGGACUGCUGCGUAUGUAUUACGGAGUGGAGAACGAACAGGGCAAGGAGCAAGAUAACCCAGUGGAUAUUGAUAAGGCAGGGUUCCAGCCGCCCGUGUUCAUGGAGAAGAUCCUCAGGGAGUGCUCUCUGAAUGAGCUCUACAAGAAAGAGGAGCGGAUGAAGAGAGAGAUCCAGGAGCUGGACUCCAACAUGCAGUAUCUGGUGUACGAGAACCACUCCAAGUUUAUCAAGGCCUCGGAGACCAUCAGAGAGAUGAAGGACGACUUUCAGCGAUUGGAAGACGACAUGACACAUCUUGGAUCACGCAUGGAGGAUAUCACGACAGCCAGUGGCUCCAUCAACAGAGCUCUAGCAGACAGAAAGAGGGAGAUUGUGAAGCUCUGCGGAGUCCACCACCUCCUCAAGAAACUGCAGUUUUUGUUUGAGCUGCCUUCUCGACUCAACAAGUGCAUGGAGAUGGGCUUCUAUGCUCAGGCAGUAAAGACGUAUGUGAAGGCCAGUCGUGUACUGGCACAGUACCAGCACAUGCCGUCGUUCAGUGGUAUCCAGAGCGACUGCCAGAGUAUCGUGGCCAGACUCAAGAGCGACCUCAAGAACAGACUGGACGACCCUAAUUCCACCACGAGUAUGACUGCAGAGACAGUCGAUCUCCUGCUGGCACUGAACGAACCUCCGUCACAACUCUGUCACCAGUUCCUCGACAAUUCUCAAAGACAGCUGGAAAAAGACCUAGCAGUGAUUGCAGCUGAGAGUGAGAAAGAAGGAGAACGUGGAGCCAUGGACAUAGUGGAGUAUGUGAAUGUGGUGUGCAGUGGGUUUCUGGCCAAUCUGAGCCUCGUCAUUCAGUCCUGCUAUGAUAUGUUUGUCAAAAGACACCUCAUGAGCACGGAGAAGGAGGAGCUGAAGAGGUCAGAGGUUGCCCAGCAGACUCUCUGUGAGUUCAUUCACUCGCUCAUGGCCCAGUGUCUUGCCAAUGUCAGGAGGAAGCUGGAGAAAGAGUCGGUACAUCUCGACAGUGGCCAACUGGUGAAGGCUGUGGACAAACUGAGCGGUAAACUGCAGGCCAUGAACAGACUGCUCCCUGCAGCUGGACUAGAGCAUAAGAGCAAGCAGCUGACUCAGCAGAUAGCCGAAUCGCACACGUCCUGCCAUGCCCAGCGACUGCGGCAGAGUUUCUCGGACACGCUCACCAGCGUCCGGCAGGCCCUGGUCACCGCCCGGCGACCCUCCUCCCAACAAGAUGACUCUCUCAAUGGCCACUGCACGGCUCUCUAUGCCUCCAUUAAGAGUGGACUUGAGUCCUCUCUAGGACAACUCAAGGCAUUCAUAGAGCCGACAGUCUCGUUCUCAGACAAGAGGCAGUUCCGGGAGACGUUCUGUCUCUGCCUGGUGAGAGAAGGUAUCGUCAUCUCCUUCAUCAACCACGUCCUCGACACCUGCCACAGGUUCACAGAGACGGGAGACGACCAGAGUCCCUCCUACCCUCCGUCUCUGGUCCUCAUUCUGUCUCGACUGGUCCACGACAUGGACAGAUCCACCAUCUGCUACCUGGUGUCGUAUGGAGACGAAAGGUUUCCUCCCCGUGAGCAAGGUCCGAUUGUGGCCACACCCACUACACAACUGCUCAGACGAGCAGGAGACGUGGCACAGGAACUGCUCGAUCACUACGUGAAAGUACAGGGGCAAGUCAUAUCUCAGGUCAGACUCUACACUCUCUAUAUCUGUUAUACAGACCUAUUGAAACCUGGAAAUUUAAGAAUUUGGCCUGAGGUUGAAGGUUCUGGAUGUGCACUGUAAUGACUGCCAUAUAAAUUCAAUGAGCCCACUUUGAACGAAGCAUAGUGACGUGGUUGGCCAACUUUGAAUUUGCUCCAGUUGGUAAUGCCAGUGUGUGUACAAUGUGUGUGUGUCACGUCAGAUGAUAAGGAAGAGCGUGGAGACGAGAGACUGGCUGCACACCCUGGAGCCCCGCAGUGUCAGAUCUGGCAUGAAGAGAGUGGUGGAGGAGGUAACUCUGCUGGACAAACAGGUGGCCACUCUCUACGAGGACGGUGCCAAGAAAGAACAGGGCUCAGAGGGUGGCAGCAGACAUACCUACUCUUACACUCAGGGAGGGAAGGGCUACCCUUACUCCAGGUGAGCUAGCUUAGGUAGAGGUGUAUACUUCUCUGUGUGUGUGUGUUUCUGUGUUGUUGUGUAGUAGUGCAAUGGACAGCAGUCUCCUGAGCAACAUCCAGAAGCUGUUUUACGAGAGGAUUGAGGUGUUUGCCACUGUCGAGUUCUUCAAGUUGUCUAUCGUGACUGGCAUCAUAAAAAUAGUCCUCAAGGCUCUGUUGGAGUGUGUGCGACUGAGGACGUUUGGCAAGUUUGGUCUCCAGCAGAUGCAGGUUGACUCUCACUACCUCCAGCUAUACCUCUGGAGAUACGUCUCAGACGAACAGAUAGUGAGAGUGCUACUGGAGCAGGUGGUGUCCAGUACCAUAGAGAGGUGUGUGGACCCUCAGCUCAUGGAACAGAGUGUGGUGGAGGUCAUCUGUGAACGGAACUAGAAAAACUCGCAUUUAAACUCAAUUUCACUUCACAGACCAUCGCGGAAAUUUCUGUGUGCAAAUUUUAGUUUUGUCUAUAUAUUAUACCGAUUGUGAAUCGUUGGCACCC